AUGCCAGCGUUCAUCGCUGUAAUCUCUAGUUAUCUUGGUGUUUGGGGAGGAUUAUAUGUUUUGCUCAAGAACGGCCUCCUUCCUAUGGAUUCUCUUGUAGAUUUCCUAGGGAAAACCGCCUACACCAGCAAGGCGAUUACUUUAGUACAACAAUACCCGAAUUUUAGUUAUCUGAUCAUCUCGAAUUUGGCGAGUGAUCUCUUUGAUCCGUUUCGAUAUAUUCUAACAUUCUUUUAUGCUCGACAUGUUAUCAACAAACGGUAUCUGGAGACAGCUCUCGAGACAAUUUCUCACCAAGAUCAAAGCGCAAAAGACGCGGUUGCAUCUGUAAAACGAACCUCACUGAAGGAUGAGGAGAUCAAGAAUCCGAAGAUUAAGUCUACUAGAAUUAUUACUAUAAAGGGAAAGAACAAUUCCAGCAUUAACAUGUGAAGAGGAAGUAGUGAUUUUCAUGUACAGUGUUUUCUAAAUGAGUUUCAUUU